CGCGCUGGGGCACCGUAGUGCUUUCACCUAGCUUAGAUGGGCUGGGCUGAGCGGCUAACCCAGAAAGGGACCCCGAUGGCUGCGGUCUUCCUGGUAACACUCUACGAGUACUCUCCGCUCUUUUAUAUCGCAGUGGUCUUUACCUGCUUCGUCGUGACCACUGGCCUGGUGCUGGGAUGGUUUGGUUGGGAUGUUCCAGUAAUCCUGAGAAAUUCAGAAGAGACCCAGUUCAGCACAAGAGUUUUCAAGAAGCAAAUGAGACAAGUGAAAAAUCCCUUUGGCUUAGAGAUCAUCAACCCCUCAUCAGCUUCAAUCACAACUGGCAUAACCUUGACAACAGACUGCCUCGAGGACAGCCUCCUUACGUGCUACUGGGGCUGCAGUGUCCAAAAAUUACACGAGGCGCUGCAGAAGCAUGUGUCUUGCUUCAGAAUCAGCACUCCCCAGGCUCUAGAAGAAGCUCUCUACAGCGAGUACCUCUACCAGGAGCAGCAUUUCACUAAGAAGGACAGCAAAGAAGAAAUUUAUUGCCAGUUACCAAGUGACGCCAAAAUUGAAGACUUUGGUACGGUUCCCCGCUCUCGAUACCCGCUGAUAGCAUUGCUGACCUUAGCUGAGAAGGAUAACCGGGACAUUUACGAUAUUAUUUCAAUGGUGUCAGUAAUUCAUAUUCCUGAUAAGACUUACAAGCUUUCCUGCAGGAUACUAUAUCAGUAUUUACUCCUGGCUCAAGGUCAAUUUCAUGUUCUUAAGCAACUUUACAUGUCUGCAAACAGUAAUUCCACUCCCACGAGCAGCCCUUCUUCAGAAGAGCGGAGCACAAACCACAGCUCGUUGGAAAAGGCCGGCCUUGGCGAGAGCGAGGUGGAGCCCCCCGAGGAGAGCAGCAGGGACUGCGUGGUCUGCCAAAAUGGGCCUGUGAACUGGGUGCUCCUGCCCUGCAGACACACAUGCUUGUGUGACGGCUGCGUCAGGUAUUUCCAGCAGUGCCCCAUGUGCAGACAGUUCGUGCAGGAAUCUUUUGCACUUUGCAGUCAAAGAGAACAUGAUAAGGACAAAAAGAAACCUAUGUGAAGAUGUGGGUACAACUGCGAAGUCCACUUCCCGCUGCAGGUCCAGCAUCUUGUGUCUGUGGCUCUCAUCAUAACUUGGAAUCUACAGUAUUGACCAUCAGUGGAAAUGAUAUUCUAACCUUGUAUUUAUACAGCACAUGGGUGGUAAAAAUGAAUCCUCUCUGCUUGGCGUAGUAAAUGCUGGAAUAUAUAUAUAUAUAUAUAUAAAAUCACUCAACUAGAGAAUGUGAAUGUUUGGCCUUUUGUCACCUAGAAGAUUGCAGAUAUUACCGAUGAAAAUUACAUACUAAAUAAAAGUCCGUCUAAAGUUUGAGGAGGUAAAAGUCUUACAUUGACAAAAUGGUUUCCUUCGACAUAUUCUGGAGUAUAAUUAGGAAAAUAAUAAUUCUUGUGGUUAGUAGCUCAAGGCAUGACCACUUACGCUAUGAGAGCCCCUGUGAGAUAAUAAUUCUUAAAGUGAUUGUGUGACACGCUGCCCCACCCCCACCCCAAUUUUACCAAGGACUUGGAAAAAGCUUUUUCACUUGUAAGCCUUUCUGAAAACACCAUUUUGAAAAAAACACCCGUUCGUGUGCUUUCUAAUUUUCCAUAUCAUCCUUUACAUAAAUUCACGUCUGAAUUUUAAAAUACGGGUUCUGAAAUCAUAAAUGCAAGACGCAAGUCUCGAAUGUUCUCGUUCAUAAAUUAAAAUGAUAUUCAUCUAGGAGAUAGACAUACAAGCUUGCAUAAUAAACUUCCUCAGAUAAUUACAUUUCUUGUCAGAGGUGAUGAGAGAGCGGGGUGGCCAGUCAGACACAAUGGAGAGUGUGAUCUCUUCCCGAAGGUCUUCCUGCGUCUCCCUGGGAGGCGCUGCUCGAUGCCUUACUUGCACAGUGGAGUCCUCUAAAACCCUGCUGAGGGCUUCUGGAGCCAGGAGAAUCACGAAAAGUAACCACGAUAGCGAUUUUUCUGAUGUAUUUUUAUUCCAAAUAAACCUGGUGCCCUCUGGAAA